AUGACGACUGGCCUCCUAAGCCGCCAGUUAGAAGAUAUCAGAAAUACGCUUAUCAAAGCGAGUGACCGGCGGGAGCCAGAGUUGCGAAACCGAGCGCAGCUGGUUAUGGGACGGGUGGCCAUGGGCGAGAACGAAGGCCUCCGUACUACCAAGCAGGACGUGACGGCCCUCCGCGGAGCCACCGACCGAGAGUGUUCGGCUAUGACUCGCCUGGUCACCGUUCACCACGAGACUUGUGAGCUUGUUGAGCUAGAAGCUAUGCUUCCAGAAAUCAAGGGGAGCAUACCAGAGUCAGGACAGGAACUAUCCAGGGGUGUUGAUGGCGACUUUGAGUUCGCCCGCGGAGGACCUUUCCAUUCACUAGAUUGCCAACCCACGCCAUAUGCUGGUUCGCUUAGUCCGGAGAUCGCGCCGUAUGCUGUGGCGCUCAUGCUCGAGACGUCUAGUUGCAAGUGGGAACACGUCAAAAGCAGGAGCACGUACUUGUUUAGUAGCAACACAGAUGAAAGCCAUGACAAACGGGAAUUGGAGAAUAUGAUUCGGAACGAGAAUGGAUGUCUCAUUGGUCACGGUGGUUACGUUACAGGCGAAGAGGACAAGAAACGCCAACUUACCCGCCGUCUCAUUAUCUACAAUCUAGCUGCAGACGUGGAUGAGAAAUCCAUCUUGGUUUUCCUGGCCAAGUACCGAUCAAAUCUUCUCAGGGUUACCCUCCUUUCAGAACGCGAUCCAGUCAAGGGAACAAGGACUGCACAUGUCGAUAUGGAUUCGAGGAGAGCUGCAGUAUAUGCUUCGUUCCAUUAUGGACACAUUUUUGGCCUAAUGGUCAAGACUAAGCUGGCAGUGGAAUAA